AUGUUGAUAAAAGUAAAACACAGAGAGAUAAAGAAAUAUGUCAAAUUGGAAGAAGUCAGCUUCACAGAUUUUAUGAGUGCAGUACAGCAGAAGUUUCUCAUACCAGAAACUGCAGCACUGAAAGUCACGGAUGAGCAGGGUAUAGAGGUGGAUGAGGAUGUCUUUCCUGAACUUGCAGGAGUCAAAGAGGUGUGUUUUGUCAUCUAUACAGCUGAAGACAUCCUGGAAACAGAAUCAUCCAAGAAGCUGCGUGACUGCUCAGACCUAACACACUAUGUGACACUCACACCUUGUGAUUUGACUGUCCGGAAGCAACAUGUGGAAGAGCCCUCCUCUCCAAGUCUAACAGAUACAUUGUCUGUCUCAACCACCAGCAGUCAGGGCAGUGACACAAGUGAUGCCGGACUGGUUCAGCCUCUAUUGGAGAGCAUACAUGCAAGAAAUACAGUGGAGCAGAUUCUGACUUCCAAACCAGCAGGGGUGACUGUCAUCCAUGAGUAUGAAAAAACUGGGAGUUUGAAAGAUUCCACCAGGCGAUUAAUGGUGAACAUCAUUGUAGCUCACAUGCGUGAAAAAGAAGGGAGAACUGUAAGUAAAGCAACAAAGGAGUUUCAUGCGCUUGGAAUCGUGUCACUCUUCCCAUCUUUGAAGGAUCCGUACUCCAAAAAGGGAUAUGAGCAUUUCUAUGACAUUCAGAGCAACAAAGGUUUUCUUGAGUGGCGUAUCAAGACUGUGCAACGUCAACUCAAAACCCCCACUGCAUCACAGAACAGAGUGGAACUGAAAGGAGGGCCCACAUCACGAAGAACGUUUGGUUUAACUAAUGACCAGCAAACAAGAGAUCAAUGUAUGGAAGCCAUGUCUCUUCUUCAUCACACCACUGACCAAGAUAUAGUCUUCCAGAAGAUGAGAGAGACAUUCUACUAUCGUCAGCAGAUACUGCAUGACCCACAAGAAUCAGCAAACAUUCUUCAGAUGUUUCCUCGUUUUUUGGACACUAAAGGACUGAUUUUGCAGGACUUUGCAAUGAUGUUUGGAGUAGAGACGGCUUCCAGGUUCCUGGAAAAAUGGAACACCACUUUUAAAGACAAGGUUGCCAGGGAAGCCAGAGACCUUAAAGAGACUUGUCUUCUGAAAAGAUUGCUGAAAUCUGCCUUGAACGAAGAAAUGGAUGAUGCUGAUGAGCCAGAGUGGGACAGCGACAUGGCUUCUCUUCUUGUUCUGCUGCACCUUCUCACACCACAACCAGCUGGAAGGAAACGGCCAAAGAAGAUGAGUGUUGGAGAGGCAAUAGAUCAUCUGGUUAAAUUUCACAAGUCCUGCCAGAGCCUUGAGGAUCACCUCAUGAACAAUGAAGGAAACCCUCAGCCAUAUCUCCUGGCCACAGGGACUUCAAAAGCACAGGUUUUCAGCUUCUACAUAGUCUUGGAUCGAAAGCUUCUUCCAUGUCAGUCAUGCACAUCACUGGGUGCAUUUGAUGAGCUGUUCAAGUGUCACUUCAUUUUCAGUGUGAAAUAUGAAGACGCUCUGUCCAGCCUGUACACAUUUUUGCAGACCACUGUGUACAAUAUUGAUGUAGGCACAACAGUGGAAAGUCCAAGAGUCAAAGAGUUGCGAGCAAAGCUGUUGAAUAAGUAGUAACCAGGUUAUGUAUUCAAAAUGCUGACCUGUUUUCUCUGUGCUUUAUCCUUUGGUACAGCUUUACUUUUGUUCAGACAUUUAAAACUAGUUCAUGGAAUGUAUCCUGGCAAAAAUUUGAAACUAAAAUGUGGUCAGAUAGGAUGUUGUUUACAAUUCUCAAGUUAUUCUGGAUUUAGAAGACAUCUGAAUAAGAUACAUGCUACUGUUAGCACAUG